CGAGUAUCUCAGCAGUUGGUUGAAGAGUUCUCAGUCGGCCAGAAGGUGUGCUACCUGCACGCGCUCACUGAGUUAGUCUAGAGAUCCGGUGUGGGCCUUGUUCCCCACGCAAGCAUUCAGGUUCACAAUUACUAGAGCUUUUCGAAUGCACACAGCUUCAGAUUAUUCUGUGCUAGAAUUACCAUGGUCCAGCAAAAUACGUGGACGAGGUUAGCGACCUUCCGCCGCCAAUACUUCCAGUUGGUCGACCCUACACAGCUGAGAUGGCUCGAAGGCCGCGUUCUCAAGGACAUGGAAGUGCAGGCCUGGAUGUUUAGCCAUCUUUUUGAUGCUGAGACGAAUUCGACUCUCCCUCCAGACCGAUAUCGUCUCAGAGUGCUCAAAGCCUUGGUGUCGAAGCUUGAGCAAGCAAUCGACGACCCUGAAGAGGAUGCAAUUUCUGAUGACCUCAUGGAGUCGCUCACUUCCAUCCUCGGAUCGAAUGUCCCGUCCGAGACCGAUUCUGCUCAGCAGAAAGCAUACGUGACUUACGCAUUUCCGCGCCAUAGUGCAGACAACAACACUGUCAACGACAAUUCGGUGACGCUGCUUGAGUCCCGCUCUGUCAUCUCAUCAUCCGGAACUACCGGAUUGCGUACUUGGGAAGCGGCACUGCUCCUUGGGCAGUUUCUGUCCUCUGAUCGCGGAAGCGCGAUGGUUCGCGAUAAGAGGGUACUUGAACUUGGAGCCGGCACGGGCAUGCUAUCAAUACUUUGUGCAAAGCAUCUCGGUGUAUCUGGCAUCGUUUCGACAGACGGUGACGAAGCGGUUGUAGACGCCAUCAAGACCAACGUCUUUCUCAACGAGCUUGACGCGUCGCGAAUCACAGUAAACACAGCUGCUCUAAAAUGGGGACGGCCUCUUAAUGGCAGCACAUUUUUAGAAGACUACGGGAUGGACGUACCAGAAGUGCUCUUAGGGGCCGAUGUGACAUACGACUCCACCAUUAUUCCAGCUCUGGUUUCGUCAAUGAGAGAUUUUUUCGACCUGAAUGCAGCUCUCCAAGUUCUAGUUGCUGCGACAAUACGCAAUGAGAAGACGUUCGAGACCUUCUUGAACGCGUGUAGACGAAACCGCUUCACACUGCAGCAAAUCGACUUCGCAACACAGCCUGAGUCGCUCCAGGAUGGUCCCUUCUACCCAACGUCAACGGCGAUUCAGAUCUGGCGAAUAACGAGAGCGCACACAGCUCAGGAUCCGUUCGCGUUCUAACCGCCUCACAGACACGCACUGGACCAACACGUGGCAGCCUCGAUUGCGAUUACUUGUUCCUAUCGUGAAACUUGCGUUGGCCGGAAUCUUUUCUGUUAAGCGUUUUCAUCUCUUUCUGCUGCGGUCGGCAACAAAUGAAGUGUCGGGUGCACUGAGUACAAGCUGCGAUUGGCUGGUGACAUAAAAAUCUGUUCUCCAGCUGGGCAAGACUGAAUCCCCACGACACUACUGCGGUGCAGACAGACAGUGCUCGCAUCAGUCGAACAGCGUUGUGGAUCGCAUCGGUCCUAUCCAUAGCGAAUAUUGCAGCACGCAGCACGCUGAGCACAUUCCUGACGUAUUGCGCUCCGACGGCGCAUUCUGUUACCUAAAGUCACAAGAGGCUACC